AUGGGUCGUCAUAUCAUUCAAAACGACUGCGAAACGCCAUGUAAUAACUGGGACGAGUCCACAGAGAUCAGUUACGACAAAGAAAUACAUUAUUUGAAUCCGGUCGAGACGAAUACAAUCAGACUCAUCUACAAAACAGCUCACACUUUUGAAGUUCACAUCAACGAGAACGUGUUCGACGUUCCGGUCAGACUGAAGCCUGGCAAUGCAUUAACAAAGUUUACUUGCGAAGGCGAUGUUAAGUGCCAACAUUUGUGUGCCACUUACAAACCUACAUAG